AUGGCCACUAGCCCUAGAUUAAUGCUUCUUUCAUUCAUCCUGAUAAUUUACAUGGUGGUGGCACCACCACCGGCUAAGGCGGUGAUCACGUGUGACACCGUCUACGAUGGCGUUAAACCAUGUCUUAACUAUGUGUUGUUUGGUGGAAGUGUUCCGAUAGAUUGUUGUAAUGGACUUGAAUCUCUUAUCGCUUCUGCUACUACUACUGCAGACCGUCAGAGCGCGUGCUCGUGUGUAAAGAGUCUUGCAUCGCAUGCCACGGACGAAGAACUUAGUCGCGCUGCUAGUAUCCCCGGACAAUGUGGAGCAAGUGUUCCUUUCGAGAUUAGCCCAAAUGUUGAUUGCUCAAAGGGUAGCUUUCGCGGAUUUUCUGGGUUUGCAACUUUGCUCAUGUUCUCACGUGAAGAUGACGAGCAAGAUGGGGUCGGGUCACUUUAUGUGGAUAUUGGGAAUGGAAAGAUAAACAACAACUCCAACCAAGAGCAGUAA